AUGGUCACUUGGUCUUUACCUCUGCUAUUCUUUGUUUCAAUUUACAUUCACGAGCCUGGUUUAUUUCUAGGAGCUUGUGUGACCAAAUCUGAUAUUACUAUAUGCCAACUCGAUCCAAGUGAGCGCAUAUCCUGUAAUCUCUGCCGAACAUCCAUUGCUAAUUUUUACAGAAGCUGUUCACACCAUCGUGAUACAUGGGAGAUAUGCCUUACUUGCUGCAAGGACCUUAGGAAGCUUUCCCGAGCAAGUAAAAUUUCAUGCCCUACAAAAGAGCGUGGUGGUUGUGGUUCUUGUUUAACACUGAAAUUGAGACGCUUAUGCAAAAAUCAUUGGGUUAAACAAUUGAUAACGGAUACAGAAGAAGUCACUUUGCAGUUUAGCGCUCCAUAUCUGGAUAUUGGUCAUGAAUGUUCAUUAUGCACUACCAACUCUGGAUCCAUUCGAAGGCAGGCAACAAUUAGAAAGAAUGUUCAUGAUAAUUUCUUGUACUCCCCAAAUGUUGUUGAUCUAGAUGAAGAAGAUAAUACUCAUUUUCAGUCACAUUGGAUGAGGGCGGAACCCGUUAUAGUUAGAAAUGUUUUCCAGAAGACGUGGUUAUGUGGAGGGCUUGUAGGAAACUUAUUCCAAAAUCUAAUCGGAAACAAGAGACUUUGAGCAAGAACGAAACAAAAAGAGUCA